CAAUGACCAUGAACAUUCACAACAUCAUGUAAAUCAACAUGAACACGAACAUUAUUCACAUCAGCCACAACAAUAUCAACAUCAUCAACAAAUUCAUCAUGGUCAUCAUCAACAUGGUGGUCUACACUCAACGCAGCAAUUACCACCACAACAACCAUCCAUACAUCCGCACUAUAGUCAACAUCAUCCCCCUCAUCAUCAACAAUUGUAUCAACAACAACAACAGCAAUAUCAACAACAUCCAAGUGGUGAGCAUACAUGGACAAGUGAUCUAAUUAAUAAUAAUGCAUCACAUCAUCAACCUCCACCACCUGGAACAACGAAUUUAUUAUCACAAAGUCAUAAUUAUUUAGUUCAUGGACAGUUACCACAUUUGCAACAACAACAAAAUAUCCAAAAUCCGAAUGGACCGCCUGGUGCACCGCCUAAUCUACAAAAUCAGUUAUUCUCAGAACAAUCGCUUCCUCCACACCUACAACAUCCAGCACCCUUCCAAGGUCAAUUACCUCCUCGAAUAGCACCUUCGUGGGAUCAACGCUCCAAUACAUUUCGAUCACAAAUCCCUAGUAAUCCAAAUAUCGGCAAUAAUAGCUUUUCAUAUCCGCCAGAAUCGUAUCAGUCAUAUCCACCUCAAUUACCAUUUAUGACUGGUAUUCAGUCUACCAGUAAUCAUUACGCAUAUGACAACAAGCAACAAUCUACACAAUUUGCCCAGUAUCCACCUCAGUCUCAAUUUGCGCAUCUUAAUCAAUCCUAUCUUCAAGAUCAACAACUUCCGCCAGCAUCCAAUUAUCCUCCCAUGCCUUCCCAAAUAGUCGCAGAAGCUCCAACAUACAUGGGAAACAUGCCGGAAAAAAGUUUAAUGGGAUCGGAAAAUACAGCAGAAACAAAGCUUAACCCAUCACCUAUUCAGGUAACUCCUUUGAUGAAUAAACCGACUGAACUGUACGAAAAAUUGGGACAGGUUGGUGAAGGAACCUUCGGUAAAGUGUAUAAAGCACGAAAUCGAGAAACUGGCAAUAUUGUAGCGUUGAAGAAAAUUAGAAUGGAGGCGGAAAAGGAAGGUUUCCCUUUGACAGCAUUAAGAGAAAUAAAGCUACUUCAAUCGCUCAGAAAUGACCAUAUUGUGAAACUGUUAGAGAUAAUGGUGACAAGCGGAGUCGUAUACAUGGUAUUCGAGUACAUGGACCACGACCUCACGGGAGUGCUAGCGAAUCCUCAAAUCAAGUUCGAAGUACAACACAUCAAAUGCUUAAUGAAACAAUUGCUAGAAGGUCUAGUCGUGCUGCAUGAACGAGGGAUCUUACACAGGGAUAUUAAAGGGUCAAAUCUCCUGCUGAACAAUCGUGGUCAAUUAAAAUUGGGUGAUUUCGGGCUGGCACGUAAAUACGAUAGCAAACGCCAGCAAGACUAUACGAAUAGGGUGGUAACCUUGUGGUACCGUCCACCUGAGUUGUGCUUGGGGGCGACGGAGUAUGGGCCAGAAGUGGAUAUGUGGAGUGCAGGAUGUAUUCUCAUGGAGUUGUUUACGCGCAAGCCACUUUUCCAAGGGUCAGAUGAACUUAGUCAGCUGGAAAAUAUUUUUCAACUGCUGGGCUCGCCAUCUCCUGAAAAGUGGCCAGAUGUAGUGGAUUUGCCGUGGUACGACUUGAUGGCACCUGCUACGGAGUCGAUGCCAAAAUUGCAAGAAAAAUACGGGGGGGUCCUAACUACUGCAGCUAUGGAGCUAGCGGAAGCUCUGUUGUCUUUGAAUCCCGAGAACCGUCCCACUGCUCGGAAAGCUUUGAAUUUCAGCUUCUUCAUAGAGGAGAUGCCUACAGCGUGCUCCCUGGAAGAACUUCCAGAAAUUCAAGGUGACUGGCACGAAUACGAAUCUAAGCAACGCAAGCGAGGUGCCGGGAACUGGCCCUCAAAUUGGAAGCAAUGCAAUACGCCAGACCUUCAAUAUGAUAUUGGGAUCAUAUUACUGCCAAAAUACUUGGCAGAUGGUAAAGCUAAUUUUCCUGAUGAUUGUGAUCGUGAACAGAUAUUCGAAGAAAACAAUACCAAUGCACCUCCUACAUCUGAAAGUCAA